UCAUCUUUGGCCCUAAAUAAAAAGGUCACCCUUCGCCUCCUCGUGCUGCCCUUGUUUUCCUCGUAAAAGCCUGUGUAGAGAAUUCCAGAACCUCAAAACCCCUCUCUCUCUCUCUCUACCUCUUCCUCUGCCUCUCUCUCUUCUCUCUCUCUUCUCUCUCUCUCUCUCUCUCUCUCUCUCUCUCUCUCUCUUCCUGACCUCAGAGUCUGCGUCGAUCGGUUCGAAGUUUGCAGAUUAGACUGAGUUUAAAGUUUAGCGAGGAUGAGCGUUGUUGGUUUCGAUCUCGGCAAUGAGAGCUGCAUUGUAGCCGUUGCAAGGCAGAGGGGGAUUGACGUUGUGCUCAAUGAUGAGUCCAAGCGUGAAACUCCUGCUGUUGUUUGCUUUGGUGAUAAGCAGCGGUUCAUUGGGACUGCCGGAGCCGCUUCAACGAUGAUGAACCCUAAGAAUUCGAUAUCUCAGAUAAAGAGGCUCAUUGGUCGACAGUUUUCUGAUCCGGAGUUGCAAAAGGAUCUCAAAUCAUUGCCUUUUACUGUUACUGAAGGGCCUGAUGGCUACCCUUUGAUUCAUGCUCGUUAUCUGGGAGAAGCAAGGACAUUUACGCCGACCCAAGUUCUGGGAACGGUGUUUGCAGAUCUAAAGGUUAUAGCUGAAAAAAAUCUGAACGCAGCGGUCGUUGAUUGCUGUAUUGGUAUUCCAGUUUACUUCACUGACCUUCAGAGAAGGGCUGUUUUGGAUGCAGCCACAAUUGCGGGUUUGCAUCCCCUUCGCUUGUUUCAUGAAACUACAGCUACUGCCUUGGCCUAUGGUAUUUAUAAGACGGAUCUACCAGAAAAUGACCAAUUGAAUGUUGCUUUCGUUGACGUUGGACAUGCGAGCAUGCAAGUUUGCAUUGCUGGAUUUAAGAAGGGACAGCUGAAAGUAUUGUCUCAUUCGUUCGAUAGGUCUUUGGGAGGUAGAGAUUUUGACGAAGCUCUGUUCCACCACUUUGCUGCAAAAAUUAAGGAAGAGUACAAGAUUGAUGUUUUCCAGAAUGCGAGGGCUUCCUUGAGGCUGCGGGCAGCCUGUGAGAAGCUGAAGAAGAUUCUUAGUGCUAAUCCUGAGGCGCCUUUGAAUAUAGAGUGCUUAAUGGACGAUAAGGAUGUCCGUGGGUUCAUCAAGCGGGAUGAAUUUGAACAAAUUUGUGUUCCUAUUUUGGAGCGUGUGAAGAAACCUUUGGAGAAGGCACUUGCUGAUGCUGGCCUUUCGAUAGAGAAUGUUCAUAUGGUUGAGGUUGUUGGAUCAGCUUCUCGUAUUCCUGCUAUUGUCAAAAUUUUGACAGAGUUCUUCAAGAAGGAGCCUAGGCGCACAAUGAAUUCAAGUGAGUGUGUAGCCAGGGGUUGUGCCUUAGAAUGUGCAAUUCUUAGUCCAACCUUUAAAGUUCGUGAGUUUCAGGUGAAUGAGUGCUUCCCGUUCCCGAUUGCUUUGUCAUGGAAAGGCUCUGCUCCAGAUGCACAGAAUGGAGGAGCUGAAAACCAACAAAGUACAGUUGUUUUCCCCAAGGGAAAUUCAUUACCAAGUGUCAAGGCUCUUACAUUUUACCGAUUCGGUACAUUCUCAGUUGAUGUACAGUAUGCUGAUACUAGUGAAUUGCAGGCACCUGCAAAGAUCAGCACUUACACGAUUGGUCCUUUCCAAUCCACAAAAAGUGAGCGUUCAAAGCUAAAGGUCAAAGUUCGCUUGAACCUUCAUGGGAUUGUCUCUGUGGAGUCAGCAACGCUUUUGGAAGAGGAAGAGGUUGAAGUUCCAGUCACAAAGGAGGCACCUAAGGAAGCUAACAAGAUGGAGACUGAUGAAGCUUCCAGUGAUGCUACUCCUCCAAGUUCCACUGAUGCCGAUGUGAAUAUGCAAGAUGCCAAGGGAGCUGGUGAUGCCCCUGCUGCUGAAAAUGGUGUUCCCGAGUCUGGAGACAAGCCUGUGCAAAUGGAAACAGAACAAAAGCCUGAUGCUCCAAAGAAGAAGGUCAAGAAAACAAAUAUUCCUGUAACAGAGUUGGUUUAUGGUGGUCUGACUCCUGCUGACCUGCAAAAAGCAGUAGAAAAGGAAUUUGAAAUGGCUUUGCAAGACCGAGUAAUGGAAGAGACUAAAGACAAGAAGAAUGCCGUUGAGGCAUAUGUUUAUGAUAUGAGAAACAAGCUUAGUGACAAAUAUGAGGAAUUUGUCACCCCUUCAGAGAAGGAAGAAUUUUUUGCCAAGCUUCAAGAGGUAGAGGACUGGUUAUAUGAAGAUGGAGAGGAUGAAACUAAAGGUGUUUACAUUGCGAAGCUUGAGGAGCUAAAGAAGCAAGGUGACCCCAUUGAGGAACGAUUCAAGGAGCACAUGGAGAGAGGAACUGUGAUUGAUGAACUUGCUUACUGUAUUAAUAGUUACAGAGAGGCUGCAAUGUCAAACGAUGCCAAAUUUGAUCAUAUUGAUAUGUCCGAGAAACAAAAAGUCUUGAAUGAGUGUGUUGAAGCAGAGGCGUGGUUAAGAGAGAAAAAGCAGCAGCAGGAUGGACUCCCAAAAUAUGCUUCUCCUGUGCUCUUGUCGGCUGAUGCAAGGAAGAAGGCAGAAACACUUGACAGGUUCUGUAGGCCAAUAAUGACGAAACCUAAACCUGCACCUGCCAAGCCAGCUACUCCUGAGACACCGCAGACCCCUCCUCCUCAGGGCGGUGAGCAGCAACCUCAGGGUGGUGAUGCUAAUGCUGGUGCAAACAAUGCCAAUAGCAGUGCUGAGAAUGCAGCGGCUGAAUCUGCUGAAGUACCUCCGGCUUGUAGUGAACCAAUGGAAACUGACAAACCGGAAGCUGGUCCAACUUCUGUGUAGAGUAGGGCAGCUGCCCUCUUUUGGAUUUAUGCAGGGAAAGAAAUCAGUUUCCCAUGUAAACUCGGACACUUUUUUCGUGUUUGAGCCCAAGACACUUUUGGUGGGCUAACAACAGUAAGGGUCUGAGGGAUGGCUGGUGAGAUGUCAGUCUUGGGUAUGUAAAGCCAUUUUAUGUUGGUGGUUUUUCCAGGUUUUACUUCUAUUUAAGUGGGUAACUGGAAUCCGGAUUUUUUCUUUAUAGGAGGGUUUUUAAGAGAGAGUUGUUACUGUUUGAUCUCUUUUUUCCUGCUCUGUUGUUGGGGAAAGGAGAGAUCGAAAUCUUUUCUUUUCAAGCGUCUUUGUGCUGUCGUACUUGGGCUAUCAUUAUAUCUGUGAUUUAUUUUUCGCCGCUUUUUUUCCCCUAGAA